CCGAAUUCACUUCCAACAUUUUUUGUUUUGUAGUUGACGGCGACCUCUUCGCUGUUUUCUGAAGGUGGCAAUGCAAAUAAAACCCCUUUCUCUGCCUUUUCCGUAGAUAAACCAAGCUGUGGCGACUGCAUCUUUUCUUCUUAUUCUCCAUUUUCUCCACAAUAUAAAUAUCUCUUCCAUCUCGUUUUUUAUUACAACAAAAACCCAUUGAAAGAAAUCCAGCUGAAUAAAGCAGUGUGUAUAAGUUGAUUAUGGAGAUCGAUAAAGCAAUCAGAGAAAGUGAUGACCGGAGGCUCAAGACCAAGUACAACAACGCCAUCUAUGUUAUUCGGAGAGCUCUCGCUCUAUACUCAAUUGAAGAGCUUGCUUUCAGCUUCAAUGGAGGAAAGGAUUCAACUGUAUUGCUGCACCUUCUUAGGGCUGGCUAUUUCUUGCAUAGAGGAGAACAAAGUUGUUCUAAUGGAAGCCUCAUGGAUUUUCCAAUUCGGACAAUAUAUUUUGAGAGCACUUCUGCAUUCCCUGAAAUCAACUUAUUUACCCAUGAUACGGCCACUAUCUAUGGCUUACAAAUGGAUAUUCUUCGCUCAGAUUUCAAAUCUGGUUUGGAGGCUUUACUAAAGGCUAAACCAAUCAGAGCUAUUUUUCUUGGUGUUCGAAUCGGUGAUCCUACGGCGGUGGGCCAAGAGCAAUUCUCACCCAGUUCACCUGGAUGGCCACCUUUCAUGAGAGUGAAUCCAAUCUUGGAUUGGUCAUACAGAGAUGUCUGGGCAUUCUUGUUAACCAGCAAGGUGCAAUACUGCAGUCUUUACAACCAAGGGUAUACCUCGAUCGGGAGCAUACAUGAUACCAUUCCAAAUGCAUUGCUGUCCAUCAGCAACUCCUCUGGCAGCAAAGAAAAUUUUAAACCUGCAUAUUUGCUUUCCGAUGGAAGAUUGGAAAGAGCAGGAAGAGCGAAAAAGGUUUCUGCUUCAGCCAGCAGGUGUUUUCCGGCUGAUGAGAAUGGCAUGGAUGUAGAUUCCAAUCAAAACAGCAUGCUUACUGCCUCAAUCAUUGCUGUGGGGGACGAGAUUUUGUCUGGCACUGUUGAGGAUCAGUUGGGACAUUUAUUGUGCAAAAAGCUACAUUCAAUCGGUUGGUCAGUACCACAAGCUGCUGUUGUUCGAAAUGAUAUAGAUUCUGUGGCUGAAGAGGUAGAACAGCGUAAAUCUACUAAUAAUAUGGUAUUUUUGUAUGGAGGGGUGGGUCCACUGCAUUCAGAUGUUACUUUAGCAGGUGUAGCAAAGGCAUUUGGGGUUCGCCUGGCUCCAGAUGAAGAGUUUGAAGAAUAUCUGAGGAUGCUUAUUGGCUAUCAAUGCACUGGUGAUCGCAAUGAGAUGGCUCAGCUGCCAGAGGGAAUCACUGAACUAUUGCAUCAUGAAAGGCUGCCUGUGCCAUUGAUCAAAUGUCAAAACGUCAUCAUUUUCUCAGCAACAAAUGUUUCUGAGCUGGAAAUGCAAUGGGAUUGUCUGAUCGAAUCAAAAGAUUCUGGUGGCUGCCUAGUCCCAUUGAAACCAUACUCAACCAAGCAUUUGACAACUCAUUCCUCUGAUGUAGAAGCUGCUCAACCUCUAUCGAAGCUUUGCCUUGAAUUCCCAGAUCUUUAUAUCGGGUGUUACCGCAAGUCUAGACAAGAGCCUCUCGUAGUUAGUAUCAAAGGCAAGGAUCCAGCAAGAGUUCAGUCUGCUGCAGAAGCCUUGCGCAAGAAGUUCAAUCCCGGGGCAUUUUCUGAGAUCAACUAGAUAAGAUAUAGAUUAGUUUUUCUCUCAGAUUUCACCUAUGAAGCUUUGAAAACCAAGUAACCUCCUGGAUUGCUCUACUGGUUUACCAUAGUCCAAAUUUUGCAACAGAAGCAUGAUUGGAAUUGUACCUAAAUGGGAAGAAAGAAAGAAAAGUUCCCAAAAGAAUAUCAAUGGAAAACAUUACAAGAAGAAGAUUUUAGUUCAUCUGUCAUGAUGAACUGACGGUGAAUGGUGGAAAAGUUUUUAAAGUUCUAAACUUUUUAGUUUUUAUUGUUAAUGGAAGUAGAGCUUUACUUAGGCACAAAAUUUUUU